AUGUUAUUUAAAUUUUGUAGAAGUAUCCUUUAUCAUACAAAGAGAAAUAUUUCUUCAUUAAAAUCUGACACAAUUUUUGCUUUAUCAUCUGGUCAUGGCAAGUGUGGUGUUGCAGUAAUUCGGAUAUCUGGUUCAAAUUCUGAAACAGCCCUGAAAUUAAUGACUGGUUUAUCAUCAACUCCAAAGCCAAGAACAGCUAUUUUAAAAAGUAUUAGGAACCCUAUAAAUAGAGAAGUGAUAGACAAAGGGUUGGUAUUGUGGUUUCCAGGACCAAAAAGUUUUACUGGUGAGGACAGUGUGGAAUUCCAAGUUCAUGGAGGUGUUGCAAUUAUCAAUGCUGUCCUAGAAUCAUUGGGAACAAUUUCCAAUUUGAGAUUGGCUGAACCAGGAGAAUUUACUAGAAGAGCUUUUCUUAAUGGAAAAUUAGAUCUCACCGAAGUAGAGGGUUUGGCAGAUUUGCUUCAAGCUGAAACUGAAGCCCAAAGAAAGCAGGCAUACCUACAAUCACAAGGAUCGUUGAGCAAACUCUACAACAAAUGGAUGACGACUCUCAUUCGCAAUGUAGCCCAUGUAGAAGCCCACAUAGAUUUCGAUGAAACAGAAACGAUGGACUUUGGCAUAAUUGACGCAGUUAAACAUGAUAUUCAAAAGUUGGCUAAAAAUAUUGAGACACAUUUAGCUGAUGGAAGGAAAGGGGAAAUUUUACGUUGUGGUGUAAGAACAAUCAUUUUGGGAGAGCCGAAUGUUGGGAAAAGUAGCCUUCUGAACUUGCUAUGUCAUCGUCCAGCGGCGAUAGUCACCCCUAUCGAAGGCACCACCCGCGACAUUCUAGAAGUAACUUUAAACAUCGGUGGCUACCCCCUGGUAUUGGCAGAUACGGCUGGCCUUAGGUCAGAUUCGAUAGACGUCGUCGAAAGAGAGGGAAUUAGUCGAGCUCUACAACUAUACGAAAAGUCUGAUCUUGUAAUUUUAGUUGUUGAUUCGGAGAGAUAUUUGCGUUGGAAAAACGAUCAUGCAGAUAGAAAUUUUAAAGACUACCUUGUAGAUUAUUUAGAAAAGCUGAAAUUAUCGGAUCUUCUUAAAAGUUCAAACACGUGCGAUAUACGUUUUAAUAAAAAAUGCAUAUUAGUUUUUAAUAAAGCUGAUCUCUGUGCAGAACAUAUUGAUAUUGACACGCAGACCUGUGUAAGCAUUUCCUGUAUUACUGAAUAUGGUGUUCCUACGCUAAUAAAAAGUAUUUCGAUGCAUUUAAAAGACUUAUGUGGAGAACCAACCGCUGAACAUCCCAGUAUGAACCAAAUUAGACAUCGACAGCAUCUUACUGAUUGCUUGAAACAUUUAAGGUUAUUUAUUGAGAGUAGUGAUAAUCAUAAUCACGAUUUAGUCAUAAUGGCCGAACAUCUAAGAAGAGCAUUAAAACAUUUAGGAAAACUAUUAGGGAAAGUAACGACAGAGGAUUUAUUAGAUGUGAUUUUUAAAGAUUUUUGUAUUGGUAAAUAAUGUGUCUGAUUAA